AAGAGAGGGUCUCGUGCCAGAGAGUGAGGUUUGCUCCCCUCUACUGGCGUUAUCCCUACUCCUCACGGCACGAGUCUCUCCUCCGAGGUCGCUUCGACCAACCGGAGAUUCUCGACGGGCUGUCAGUUAGUGCCGUGGCGCCGUGACGGUACGGUGACCUUUUGCGUGUCAUUCUAUCUAAUCUUUCUUCUUCCUUCGCGUUGAUCUUCGAUCUCGUGCCGUCGCGCCGUCGUAGAAAUAUUUACAAAAAAGAAAAAAAUCGGUGGAAGGGGAAAGGGACAGCUGCUCGAAGAAGGGAAAAAAAAGGAAAAGAAAAAAAAAAAAAAAAAGAAAAAAAGAAAAGAAAAAAGAAACAAACAAAUAACAGCCAAGAUUAUCGCACUGUGAGAUUUAUUUUUCUAACAAUUUAGAAAACUACAUAUGGAGAACAAGCUAAUACUGUGUGCAGUUAUCUUUUUUUGGAAGAACUUCGACCAGUAGAGAGAAAAGAAAGAUAAACAUAUAAAAGAUAACACUCGUGUGUUCUCGAUGAUCUACAAGUUCGUGUCCAAUCGUGUGUGUUACGCCUACUUUUGCUGACGGCUCAUGUGGAUAACAAUUAACAAGGUAAGCCAGUUUGGAGAUCCCUUCCACGUUGAAAGAUCAGUCGAGUGGAGGAACCCAAGGAACGAUAAACACGAAGCGCUUUAGAAAAAAUAAAAAAGGAGUAGCGGUUAUGAAGGUUCGAUGACUACGAGUUUUAGUGACAUCAAUAUGGACUCACGUUAUCUGAGAACCUGGCUUCUACAGAUUUUACUUCUUAUUUUGUCCUGUUCACCUGGACGAUCUAUAGACAUAUCACAAUGCAUCGCACCCUUAGGAAUGGAGUCCAGGGCGAUCCCAGAUGCCGACAUUACAGCCAGCUCGAGUUUUGAUAGCGGAAACGUUGGACCCCAUCAUGGCCGGCUACGACAAGAAAGUCACGGUGGUGCUUGGUGCCCGAAGCAACAGAUCACAACUGAACCACGUGAAUGGUUGGAAAUCGAUUUACAUACGGUGCAUAUGAUCACGGGUACUGGUACUCAAGGUCGAUUUGGAAAUGGACAAGGCGUUGAAUAUUCGGAAGCAUAUCUUUUGGAAUAUUGGAGGCCUAAACUUGGCAAAUGGGUUCGCUACAGGGAUGUUCGUGGCGAGGAAGUGAUAAAAGGCAACACAAAUACAUACCUGGAGUCAAAGCACGAGCUAGAUCCACCAAUGUGGGCGAGCAAAGUACGAUUCCUACCGUAUAGUUAUCAUCGUCGUACAGUUUGCAUGAGGGUCGAGUUGUACGGUUGUCCUUGGAACGACGGUAUCGUUUCAUACUCGAUGCCUCAAGGAGACAAGCGAAGUAACUGGGAGUUCUUUGAUGCUACUUACGAUGGUUACUGGGACGGUCAGCUACUACGAGGAUUAGGUCAACUAACCGACGGCAAGAUCGGCCCGGAUAAUUUCAAGAUGAGCUACUACGAUUACGAUCGUGGUCAAGGUUGGGUCGGCUGGAGGAAUGAUACUCGUUCGGGUCAUCCGCUUGAGAUCAAAUUUGAAUUCGACCACGUCAGAGAGUUUUCAGCCGUUCACAUUUACUGCAAUAAUCAGUUCACCAAGGAAGUACAAGUAUUCUCCGAAGUGAGCAUCAUGUUCAGCGUGGGUGGCAAGUAUUACACUGGCGAUCCAAUCGUCUAUUCAUAUAUGGAAGAUAAAAUUUUUGAACAAUCGAGAAAUAUCACGAUCAAACUUCAUCAUCGAAUUGGAAAAUUCGUCAAAUUGAGGUUUAGCUUCGCUGCUAAAUGGAUAAUGAUCAGUGAAAUCACUUUUGAUUCCGAUAUCGCGCAUGGUAAUUUUACUCCAGAAGUUCCGCCUACAACCGAAGCUCCACGAAGUCGUGAUCGAAAUUCUGCUCGAGACAAUCCCUUGCAAGCCGAAGUUCCCGUCGCUAAACAAGAUGAUCCUACAUAUAUGGCCGUGAUCAUAGGAGUUUUAGCAGCAGUCAUUUUGCUUUUAGCAGUUGCUAUUUUUCUCAUAGUGUCGCGUCAUCGACAAAGAAAAAACUUUGCCAGUCCCUUAGGUGCGAAAAGUGCAAUUCCUUCGAGCAACCAUCAGCAUUUAUCACCCGAAUCAGCUUAUGGAACAACGGAGAAGGAUCCUUCUUUGAUGACGUAUAGAGUAGAGGAAUUAGACGAUCGGUAUGCUGGAACGAAAUUAACGACCCUACCACGUGAUCUCAAUGAUCGAUUAUUGGGAGAUGUUAGAUUGGACGAAUAUCAGGAACCCUUCCACGAGAACAAGUAUCGAGAGCCUCCUCAUGCUGCUUAUUACGGAUACAGCACCGUCGUUAUAGACAACAAGGAUCUUCACGACAGCGUUGAACAAUCUGAUGCCACCUACGAUUACGCGGUACCAAUGCCUGUGCCUAGCGUGAGCAGCGAUCAAGAUAGCGUAUUUUCCAAGUCGUCAUCCAGAGGCAGUGCGAAGGCGUGUUUACAGAGCUUUUUUCCACCUCCCCCACCACCGAUGAGUGCUCCACCACCACGCGGCUCGAACAAUCUGACAUACUCCAAUCCGCCGAGUCCAGAGCCAGUGUGCGAACGCGAACGCAGAGGAAGCAAACGCAGAGAACACUCUCUUCAUAGAUAUGCGUAAAAUCGCACGACACAUGUUCAUCCAUACAUACAUACAUAUACAUAAACAAUGAAGCACACGCGCGCGCAUUCUUCAGGGAUAUACGCAAAACGUGUCGAAGGUUACAGAGGUACGUUAAUUACUAUACUUGAUUAAUUACACUACUCUUUGAUCUUCGUUUAAUUUCAACUUAUUAAACGAUAUUUCUUUUUUAACUUUCAAGUAAUGGUUCAAGUAAUCUGUAAUAAGGAAAAUACAAAUAUGUGUAUAUACUAUUCUACAUCAGUGACCCGUUGAUCAUUCACACAUUGUUAUAUCAUUUUUAAUCGUCAUUAUUAUAAGUUAAUUAAUAUUGCGUAAUUAUUAUAGAAUGAUGAAUUCUUAUAUGAAUAUAAUUGAAAUGGAGCAAAUUUAACACGUAUAAUAACACGACAAAAGCAAUGAAGAUCAAGCAAUACGUUUUACUCUAUCAAAUGCGUCCUCGCACGAUGAGUCUAUGGGAAACACACGAAAUCGUAUGUGUUCGCAUGAAAGAUCUAACAAAUUUCAAAUUUAUUUCGUUUUUCUUCGACGUGCACUGCCAUUGACGCACUAUAAACAAUGUAAUCGUAGUUAAGCGUUAAUAUUCGAGAAUAUAGUAUGUGUGUAAAUAUAUAUAUAUACAUAUAUAUAUAUAUAUAUAUAUAUAUAUAUAUAUAUAUACAUGUAUAUGUAUAUACAUACUAUACAAGUAGUUAGAUAAAACGGGCGUAAUUCUCACGGUUGUAUUACACGAAAUUAGCAUAUCAGAUUUUAAUAAUGAUAAUCGCGAUAAUUACCGAUCCUUAACUCUUCUGGAAAUUCAACGUCGCGACAAUUCAACGUCGUUUCCUUUAUAAAUGGAGAAAUUUUGGGGGAGAAAAAGAAAAAAAAAGAAAAAAAAAUCCAAUGAUUUAUGUAAGAAAAAGAAAGAAAAAGAAAGAAAAAGAGAAAGAGAAUAAGAUAAUAAUAGAUGUGCUCGUAUUAUCGACGGAUCGAACGAGGAACAGCCAAUCAAGAUCGAACGUAAUUCAUUCGAACUACUCGAAUACUUAAGACAUAUCUUUCGUAGAAUGAUAAUACAUACUCGUAUUAUAGUAUUGGUCUGCUUCGAUUUUUUAUAGGAUUACGUCGUUUCUCGUUACUCGUAAAGAUCUCUCUCACUCUCUCUCUCUCUCUCUCUAUCUUUCUCUCUUUCUCUCUCUCUCUCUCUCUCUAUCUAUCUAUCUAUCUCUCUUGCUCACUGCCAUUGUAUUCCGGAUGUCACACGAUCAUUUUUAUUAUCGUACAAUCCUUACUUUUGUUCCUAAUCCUCUUUCUCCUUUAUCUUAAUAUUAAGACGAUCGGAAUACGCUUGAUCUUUAACUUCGAACGCUUUAAACGCGUCGUUAAGAGAUACGCGAGAAAGGACGUAGAACAUUUGUAUAUAUUUUACGUAUCUACUUUGUAAGAAGGAAAAUAAUAAUAAAAGAAAAACAAAGGAGAAAGAAUGUUAACGCGUAAUAAAACUAAACUGACGGAUUUCCAGAACGAGUAAAGCUAAUGAUUCGCUCUAUUCGGCACGCAUGUGCAACAAGAUCGAGCUCACUAUCGAUUCGAGUCCGACCGAAAGAUAUACACACGCAUAUAUAUAUAUAUAUAUAUAUAUAUAUAUACUAUAUUCAUAUAUAUUCAUAUAUGUAUAAUAUGUGUAUAUAUAUGUGUCUACAAUUACACAAAGAAAAGAGAGAAAGAGAGUUAAAAAAAAGUAAUGUCGAGCUUGAUUAAUCGAAUAUUUAUUCGAAAGAACGUCGGCACGAGCGAAGGAUAAUUAAUCGCUCGGUUUAGAGCGCUUUUACGAGCGUUGUGGACCAGAUCGAUCCAUCGAAAAAGCGUCGGGACAAUAUAGCGAGCUUUGAUCUCGAAUCUUAGCUAAGACUGACGUUUGGAUAAAAAUAAUGAAUAUGUAUAUUAUAUUAAAAUAAUGAACUUUAUCCGAUCCUCUUCCCGAUACAACGGGCUGAGACGCUUGCGCGCGCGCUUCCUUUAUCGUGUUAUAUACAGGAUGUCCUAUAUAAAACGGAACAGUUAAAUAUUAACAUAGACAAAUAUUACAGGACAAAGUUGUACUGUUUGAAAUAUAAUAAUAAUAAUAAUGUGGACAUUUUACGUGACACCCUGUAUAUACAUCCAUACAUACAUACAUAUAUAUAUAUAUAUAUAUAUAUAUAUAUAUAUAUAUAUUAUAGAUAUUAUAGAUAUUAUAGAUAUUAUGCUGUAUAUUCUUUUGCAAAAUCCUAUAAAUGUAUGUAGUGAUAUUUCCCCAAUUUUGCAAUUCCCUGAAAGACCCUCUUUAUUUAUAUACAUAUGUAUGCCCACGAGAAAUGAAAAUAUGAAUAUAAGUAUGUGUGUUUAUAUAUAUAUAUAUAUAUAUAUAUAUAUAUAUAUAUAUAAAGAUUGAAUGAAUGAUUGCAUAUUAUCCAAAACGAACUCUAAACGUACAUAGUACAUAUAUGCAUAAUAUACAUAUAUUAAAGACCCAAGAUUAUUUCUCUAUCUGUACCAAAACGCCUUCAAGCAACGAGAUUAAACAAAAUAAAAUAUACAGACGUAAGGAAUAGACAAUACAGGAUGAGACAACAAUAAUAAUUGCGUGUGUAUUAAGUAACUAACAAAGAUGAUAAGAAAGGGUUAAGGAAUGAAAAAAGAACAGGAAAAGGGAAUUCGAGUACAGGAAAAAAAGAACGUUAACGCGACUUUAUUGUGAUAUAGAAAAAAAAAAAAUAAAUAAAAAAAGAAAAAAAAGAGGAAAAAAAAAAGGAAAAAAGAAAGAGCUUGCGGCUCUCGCGAAUAGCACUCUCCCUCUCUCUUUCUAACACUCUUUUCCUCUAUCUCUAUUUCUUCGUUUAGCGCGCGCGCGUGUAUGUGCUUUAACACGUCUCGUCGGAGAGAAGUUUCCUUUUUUUAUUUCUCGAUUUUUUUUUUGUGGUCCAAAGGUGUGGAGGGAAGGAAGAAAAAGGAAAAGAAUUAAAAAAAAAAGGAAGAAACAAAAGUGCACACGAAAGGAUUUUAGCGAUGUAUAAUUAAAUUGUUUUCGUUACUACCUAGCCAGGAUUCUUUUAAUGACUUUGAAAUCAUCGUGAGAAUCAUGCUCGAGAAAUAAUACAAUUUUUAUAAAUCACAAGAAAACUAUAUGUUCCUUGGACGCGUAUGUCCAUUAUUUUUUUAUUUUUGAAUUUCUUUUCUUCUCUUUUAUUUCCUUUUUUUAUUUUUAUUUUUAUUUUUUUUUUUUAUUUUUUUUUUCUUUUUUUUUAUUUUGGAGGGGAAGGCACAGAGACGCGUAUAUAUAUAUAUAUAAGGUAUAUAUAUAUAUAUAUAUAUAUAUAUAUAUAUAUAUAUAGUGUUUUACAACGAUCAAAAUCUUAGCAAUGUAUAUCUCUAGUAUAUAAUAAUCGUUGACAUCGUCGCCUCAUAGGAUAUAUCGGAUGAAGGAAAAGUUAUUAGGAAAAUAAAAAAAAUGGUGAAUAAUGAUAAGAGUGCUUCAAAGUGCUUCGACGGAAUGUAAAUAUUAAUUGUUAGGGGACCGCGUAAAUGUAAUACAUAGAUAUAUACAUAUAUGUAUAUAUAUAUUACACAUACAUACAUACAUACAUACAUACAGACAGACAGACAGACAGACAAACAAACAAACAAAAAACAUAUACAGAUCUUCUCAAGCGCCUUAAGUUCAUAGGAGGCACGAGCAAAUAAAUAAUUUCAAUCGCAAUAACGGCGUGUAUCUUUGUUACAAAACGAAGUGCAUCAUUUUUCGUGAUUCGAUACGGCGAGGAAUCGAAAGGAUCAAUUUCACUAGAACUAUUCGUUCCAGGACUAUUCCUCCUACACUUCCAAUAAACCUGUCGAUUCCUCUCCGACGACAAUCAUCGAUUUAUAUUUAAGAACGAGCUAUAAGACGCGAAGAUGUAAGACUUAUCUCGUUAUUAUACUUUCCUUUUCUUUUUUUAUCCAAAAUUUUUCCAUGUAUCAUAUACCGUAACGCUGAAAUUAGUUGUAUCCUUUGGAAAAGAGAGAAAAAAGAAAAAACAAGAAAAAAAAACAAAAAGAAAAUAAAAGAAAAAGAGACAACUAAUUUCUUUCAGACAAAUCUGUCGCAUUAGUUGUUUAUAUGAUAUAUCGGAAAAAAAAAAAAAAAGAAAAUGUUAAAGGUCUAACCAGAAUGAUAAAGUGUUAUCGAAUGUUAAUGUGAGAGGGAAAAUAUGUGAGUGAGGGCAUGAUAGAAAGCAAUGAAAAAGAAGAGGGAGAAAGAAACAACGAAAAAUAUAACUUGUAAUUGUACGUCGAGAAUUCAUGAUCUAAGCUCUCGAAAUAAAGAAAGGCAUUUUGCUUGAGUUUUGCCAUAUCCGUUCGCGAGUAUGCACUUCGUGCAUGCUACCCUUAAAAUGGAACGUAGGAAAA